AUGGGAUUUAGUCGAAACUUUAAAGGUGACUCAAGGAAAAGACCUCACUCUCCAGACCUAUAUGCAAUUGGUGAGUUCAAGAAGUCAAAACUAAUAGAAGAUCUUGAAAGGCUCUCAUUAAAUGACGAUGUUGUGUCGGAGAAUAACGGACUACAAAUAGUCGACCAUAAUAAGUUCCGAAGACCACAUAAAGAUGAUACCAGCCACCCCGGUGAUAGAAAAUGGGUUAUCACUCAAAUUGUGGAUCUUAUGAGAGCAGAGUCACUGCAAGUUAUACCUUGGAUUGACUAUAAACAAUUUGCAUAUAAUGAAUGGUUAAAAUGGUACAAAAUAAAACUAUUAUCUGAUGAUACUUUAAUGAUCGAUAUUGACAAUUUGCUGGAAAACGAUUUUUACAUGAGAGUUGAGCCUACAAGCAAUUACAGGGGUCAAAUCGAAGGAAACAACGAAACUGAAGAUAUGGAUAUUGAUAUAGAUUAA